AAUACCCCAUAGUGCACAAGCUUUGAGAUGAAACUAAAAAGCGAAAAAAGACGCUGUUGAAACACUUUAUUUAAAAAAGAAGAAAAAAACAACAACACACCAUGAUUAUUCGAAUAUGCAGUUCAGUUUAGAGGUAAAAAUAUUGUACUUUUGCAGAUGCUAGAAAUGUGAAAAAAACCAACAUAAAAACGCAAAAGAAAUAGAGGAAAAAAACGCUUCAAAUGCAAGCAGCUGUUAAGAAAGGAGUCAGUGUCAACAGUAUAUGUAUAUGCUUAGAACGGGUCGCUGAGGAGCUAAUGGGGCGCAGGAAAUGGAAGCAAUAUCAAGAAACAUUAAUGCGAACCCACUUAAAUUCCGACCAAUUUGUUGCAUCAAUCGAAGACAACAAUAUCGAACUGAAGAAAGAGCUGGAUAAGUUUAAAAACGGUGAAUUUAUAGAAAUCAAUGAAACAGCAACAAUAGAAACCCAAAACCUCGAAGAAAACCACCGCAAAAGUAUAGAGAAAAACUUAAUACAACCAACACAGAAGCAACAGCAGCAACCACAACAUAACGAGCAAGAGCACGAGAGCGUUAAGGAACCUACUGAACAAGAACAGGAAAUAGAAAAAGAAACUGUAACAGAAGAUAAUAAACAUCACAUUAAAACAGAAAAUAAUAUUGAAAAUAAAGAAGUAAUAGAAGAUAAAAACAAUACUAAAGAAAUUAUAACAGCAUCACAAUUGGAAUACGAAGAAACUGUUAAUAGUAACAAUAAUAAUUCAUCACUUAAAAGCGUCAAUAACAAUAAUACAGCAACAACAUCAGACAUAACCGUUAUAGAUUUAAAAUUAAUUAAAGAAUCAUCAUUAUCUGUUAAAAGUCCAUUAACGUCAUCGCCACCACCUCCAGAUCCCAUCGAUUGGAAACCGAAUGAUAAGUGUCAUUUUUGUGUUAACGGUAAAUUACUCACAGUGAACGCUAAAGGAGAAUUAGUGGCCGAAUCUGGCCCUACCGGGUCUGAAACGGACCACAUACAAAAAUUGGAUUGCGAAAGUGAUUCAAACGAAUCCUCAUCCGUUGCCGCCAAUACAAAUGGUAAUUUACCAUUAAUGACUGGUACCACCGAGUCAUUGACGGAAAAUAAUCGUGUAAGAUUAAAUAAGUUACUAACGCAAAAAAUGGCCUCAAUGGAUUCAGUGGCAGCACAAUUUGCCGCCAUACAAUCAAUAUUACCAAAUUUCAAUUGGAUGAAUCAACAACAGCAACAAUCUCAACCAGAUUCGGUUACACCAACUACCUCAGAUACAUCAGCCGCCGCAAUAAGUCCCUCUCUAAAGGAUUCACCAAGUCCCAGUGAUGCCACCGGUGAACAGCCUUUAGAUUUAAGUUCCAAACCGUCUCCAAAUUCAUCAGUUAGUGGUGAUUUGAAGAGUGUUAGAAUAAAAUCAUCACGUGCUACACCGGUUCCUUCAACACGUCGCACUUAUAGUGAAGAAGAUUUAAAUAACGCUCUACAAGAAAUUCUCUCCGGUAGACUGGGCACGCGCAAAGCGGCCGUACAAUUCAAUGUACCUCGUUCAACGCUGCGCAACAAGAUAUACAAACUAACAACUGAGGCGAAACGUAAUAACGAGCAAGCUUCGCCUGAAUUGUUACAGUUGCAGCAAGAACUCGAAAAAGAAAUGUCCGGAGAUGAAGAACCAGAGGUAGAGAGUAAUUCAUCAACACCUCAACCGGAUGAUGUGGUCGUAACACGUAUUUCAACACCAAAUUUGCUGAAAAAAAUAUGCAUCAAUAAUGGUGAGGGCUUGGAAGUUGGUAGUCACCCAGAGGAUCAAAACUCUAUGUUACAUGUCUCACCCAAACCAGCUCAUGCGGAAUCCUCGAAACCUCAAACCACGGAAGGACUACCUGAACAUAAUACCCAAGCCCAAAUAACAGCAUUGGAUGCCGCACUACCGCUACUUUUGCAAACUCUCCUGCUGUCCGAUAAAAAUCUAAGAGAUGUCUUUAGUGCUUUGCUUCUCAAUUCCACCAAUAAUUUGAAGGACAUUUUGUUGGGAGCUACAACAGCUGCUAAUAGUGCUGCUGCGGCUAGUGGUAGUGAAAGUAAUAGCCUUAAUAAUGGAAAUCAACAGCAGGACUACCGUCCACUCUUACAGAUGUUGUUGCAACAGCAGCAGCAACAACAACAACAGCAGCAACCAACAUCGUUUGUUAGCGGUCGGCGCCUACCAAAGUCUGAUACACCUGAAACGAACUCAUCACUGGAUCCGAAUGAGGCCUGCGAUGACCCCUCGGCGAUAUUGAAAAUUCCGUCCUAUACUCCAGUGGCUGGACCUUCCAACUCCAUGGGUCCCAACAGUUCGCGUGGUUCCCCAGCAUUAGUGUGUCACAAUAGCAACAGCAACUCGAAUCGAAACGGCGAUAGUCCUGGACCUUUGCUGCUGGCGGCAGCAGUAGCCCAAAAAUUAAGCAGUAAAAACCUCUCAGUAACACCCCCUUUACUACACGCUGGAGUCGAUAACCAGUCACCACAGUCUUUGCGCAUAAGUGAUGUCAUAGCCAAUAGCAUACAUCGCACGAUGAACGAACAAGUCAACAAGGAGGCAGUGCAUCCUAGUUCUGUUUCUCUGCUGGGCUAUGGUACGAACUCUGAACGCAAUAGUGUGGGGUCCAUGUCGACGCCAGGCGAUUAUAAGAAGCCCACCAUAUCGGUAGUUAAGAAUAUAGGCGGCACGGACACCUCACGCUUUGGUACAGCACCAAACCUGUUAGCAGCAGAUCUGGUGCAACACCAUCAUCACUCUGCUCAUUUACAACAUGCCCACCAUCUCAGUCGCCAGGAAGCGGCCGCUCUGGCCGCUGGUAAAGGUACCCGACCCAAACGUGGCAAAUAUCGUAACUACGAUCGCGAUAGCUUGGUGGAAGCCGUUAAAGCAGUGCAGCGUGGUGAAAUGUCGGUGCAUAGAGCUGGUAGUUAUUAUGGAGUUCCACAUUCAACACUAGAGUACAAGGUUAAAGAGCGCCAUUUAAUGCGACCGCGCAAACGGGAGCCCAAGCCCCAACCGGGCUUAGACGGCAGUAGCAAUAGUUCAAAAACAAAUGCCAACAUUCCUGCAGGACUAACGGGUCUUGAUAAACUGAAGGCCGGAAAUGGUGGCGCCAAUGCCAAUUUGAAAUUGGGUGGUUCCGGCAUGAAAAACAACGGAGGCACUGGUGCGAACGCAUUUCCGGGUAAUGCCGCAAAUGGCAUGAAACUGCCAAUAUUCGAGCCCUCUUUAGCCCAUUUGCAGUAUGCAUCACCUAUCUUUUGGCAACACAACCAGGCGGCGGCAUUCAGUCAGCUUCAAAUGGAUUUCAACCGCAAUAGCACAGCGCCUUCAGCCACCUCACCAAAUGAAGCCAACAGUGACAUACUCAAGAAUCACAUGCAGAGAUAUCAAGAUAUGACGGGCGGAGGUGGUGGUGGUGGUGCUGGCAGCGUAGGUGGUAAUACCACAACAAACUCCUCCAAUGGUCCCAGUCCGGUAUCGAGUCCCAUACUAUCGGGUCAAGAUAUCAAUAGAGCGCGAGAGCUAUAUGAAAGUAAUGCGGCCAAUGGAGCUUCAUUUCUCGACGGCAUUAUACGCAAAUCCCUCGAUCGCAAAAGUAAUGAAGUGAAUGCGGCCAGUACCAGUACAUCUGGUGGUGUGCUGCUGGAUCAGUUGCUGAUGAAAAAGACUCCUCUACCAUUUACCAACAAUCGUAGCAAUGAGUAUAAUUCACUAUCACCCUCUCACUUAGGAGCCAUCAAACGUUCGGGAAGUCCACUUUCACUUAGUGGAACAUCCAUUAAACGGGAACGUAAUUCGCCACACAGCGGCCCAGCUAGUGAUGAUGAUGAAACUUCCCAGAGUGGUGUGGACGAGAGCUACGAGAAUAAUAACAACAAAAGCGGUAACGGUGGCUUGAAGAGCUCAUUGAGCCAGCGCAGUCGUUUGGGUUCACGAGACUCCAAUUCCGAAACAGACAACAGCAGUUUGAAAAGUGAACUGCAGCAUCAACAUCAGGGACAUCACAAUAAUGGCAACAAUGCCAUCAAUAUGCUGGAUAUAAAUGGAGUUGGUGGCGGUGGAAGCAGUAGUUGUGGCGGCGUUAAUGUUAAAACCGAAAUUCCUAACCUCGAAACGGGCACCUCUAUACUACAAGAGAAACUCUCACAAAUCAAGGCCGAACAGCAAGAGAGCGAGGAAAACUUAUAGAAGCAAAUGACAUAUGGAACAGCAGGUAUAGGCGGAGGUGGAGGAGGAGUAGGUCUUAUGGCACCACAACAUUACGUAGGCCAACACUAUCACCAGCCCCACCAUCAUCAGCAUUCUCAUGCUCAUCUGCAACACACAUGGUAUGAGCCUCAACAACCACCACAUCAAACUCAUGCCACCUGGUAUGCUGGAGUGAGCGGUGCCUUGGGCCCCGGCCAAAGUAGUAAUGAAACAUUAGCUAAUAACUAUUACAGUUACUGAUUGCUCUAAAAUAUUUAUCAACCAAAUGUGUAGGGAAUAUUUUAGACAACAAAUUAAAUUUAGUAAAAUUAAGUUAAACAACAAAAAUAACAAGUAAACAAUUGAA